UGUACAAGUAUAUUUAAAUGUUUUCUUAUCGGCGAGUCUCAUUCUACUGGUAAAUAUCUGAGUACAUUAUUUGAAGUGGAAGCGUUAUAUUUCUCGCAACUUCUCGCUGGUGGGGAGCUGAAACUGCAGUUCUGAAGAGAUGGCAAUCAAAUGUUAUGGACAUUUUGACAAGAGCUAGCAACAGCCGUGACUAAUGUUUGCAAACAAGUUCCUGGUAUAAAAUUGAGCGCGUCAGUUAGCAAGUUGUUUACCAAUAGCAAUCAAGUCUGUGCCUCUCUCCGCUGCAUGAUGUUGUCUGCGUACACAGUUCUCGCUGUUGUCGCUAUUCUAAAUGAACCACGUCUACUAGUUCAUGCCAUUCCUCAAAACAAUAUCGUAAAUUUUGUCGGUGGAAUUUAUACAGGUUACAAUACCGUAUCCAACCCUAACUACGUCAUCAACUCCUUCGCUUACUCCGAGGACGGUAGUUGUGUGCAGGCAAUCACUGUCGCUGGGAGAGGGGUGAAUGAUUCCUUUAAAGUGUCCUGUGCAGAUGUACAGAACAUGAUCACGCUGACCACGAGUGACAUGAUAGUGUUUGGAGACCCCAACAAGUUUUGUCUGUUCAGCAACACCCCCUCCACGCUAAUUGUGAUCAAGGACGGGAAGUGCACCAGGAGAACCUACACCACCACGAACGACCAGACCUCCAGCACGUCUGAACCCUUGACAGAUGAGGAGUGUAAGGAAGUGUUCCAGAAGAUAGAAGAUGAGCAAGAGAAGAACAGGAAGUACUGGAAUGAGUGGACUAAGAAUUUUGUUAAUCAUAUGGAUAAAAUGUUCCCUCCUGGAUUCCCGUUCAAUCGUUAAACACGCUAACUAAAUCUUACUAAUAUUUUAAAAUGUUAUAAAUAAUAACUGAGUUCUUAAAUCUU